AUGGAGAUUUCCUUCUUAACCCUGGCUAAUCCAGAUGAAAACCUAGGCCCCUUUGGCUCUCUGAGCAGUACCAUAGCAGUUGAAAAACACAAGCUCCUGAUAGAAGGUGGCAAGAAGGGAGCCAGGAAGAAAGUGGUUGAUCCGUUUUCUAAGCAAGAUUGGUAUGAUGUAAAAGCUCUAGAUACCUUCAGUAAUAGAAAGAUUGGAAAAACACUGGUCACAAGUACUCAAGGAAGCAAAAUUGAAUCUGAUGACCUCAAGGGUCAUGUGUUUGAGCCUCAGAAUGACAAAGUUGCAUUUAGAAAAUUCAAGCUAAUUACUGAGGAAGUCCUAACCUAG